UCAGGAGCGAGUGUUCCGCACGGACUGCAUUCCUUUGGACUCCAUUCCCACGCAUUCGGUGCAGUAGACAAAGCGUUCCCCCUCUGCCGAGCUGAGAGGCUGCCGGGCUGUGUCGUCGAGCAUGGGGGCCGAGACGAUGGUGCGCACCCUGCUCUAUACUGUCAACUCUCUGCUGCAGCAGCGCAGAUACCAGGCCGCCCUGGCAGUGCUUAAGGGCUUCCGGAACGGCGCAGUUUAUGGAGCAAAAAUCCGUGCCCCCCAUGCAUUGGUAAUGACAUUUCUCUUCAGGAGCGGAAGUUUACAGGAGAAAUUGAAAGCUAUUUUUUGGGCCACUUAUACUCAUUCGAGAAACCUGGCGUACUUCGUAUUCACAUACAAGGGUUUAAUGGCCUUACAGUUGCGAAUGCAGGGAAAAAAGAUUCCAGUUCACUCCUUUCUUGCAGCCUGUGUUGGGGGCUGGUUAGUGUUUGGGGAAAACAAUAAUAUUAACAGUCAGAUAAACAUGUACCUGUUGUCUCGCAUCCUGUUUGGCUUGUCUCGGUUGGCCGUGGAGAAAGGUUACAUCCCAGAGCCAAAACGCGACCCCUUCCCACUCUUUGGUGCUCUGGUUUGGGGGAUUGUUCUCUGGCUCUUUGAGUAUCACCGACACACUCUACAACCAUCAUUGCAAUCUUCCAUGACCUACCUGUAUGACGACAGUAAUGUCUGGCAUGAUGUUUCUGACUUUCUUGUAUAUAACAAAAGACCCGCUGUGAAAUAGUCUUGAAAGGUUUUUGCACAAUGGCACAUUCCAGUAGCAGUGCUUACAGGUUUUUUUGCCUGUACACACAAGUUUACUAUGGUUAGCAUUGAAUGUGAACCUCUACUUGAGCCUGGCCAUAGUGUUUUGUGUAAGCUGCUGGUUUCUGUUGGUUAGAGCUUGAAAAGGGGUCACUGCAAGCAACAUGUUUUUGUGAAGCGUUUCUUUGUUCUGCAAGAGACCUUGUUUUCUUUUCCAAAAUAAAGUUGUAGAAUUGCCUCGUGGAUGGGAAAACAAGUUAUUCGGUGCACUAGGCCAAAGUGCAAAAAACCUCCUUACAUUUUCUAAAGUAAUAACUAUAGAACUACUUAGAAGAUGGGAAAACAAACUAUUAACAGUUUCUCUGAAAACCUGAAAAAAUAUAAUUAAAUAUUAAAUUAGCAAUAAAAAAAUAAGACAGUUUUCUCCAUGAUAUAUAGCACUAUAUAAAGCUCAAGUUUUGGAUUUUUGUGUGUAAACAAACAUGGCACUUGGAAACUUACAAUGUAUCUUCUUUGUAUAUUUUCUAUUCUCUUUGAAUUAUACGUAGCAAUCUGUAAAGGUUAAUUUUAAAAAGUAGCCUAUUUUUUUAAAAUAUAAGCUACAGAGGUUAGGGUUGCUAAUGAUAGAUGCACCCAGCACUGUGGUAGGUUUUUAAAAGGUAUAAUCAGCACGGUAUCAAAAAGCCAGAGAUUGGUUAUAUGCACAUGAUUAAUUUUCUGGCACCUUCAAGGUUUAAAAGUCCAAAAAGACUAUAGGAGUGGUGGCAAAUUAAUUAUCUAUUGUUUUGUGAUGUUCAUCAUUAUUUGGUGUGUGUGGGCAUUAAUACCAGAAUAAUUUUAUUUGCUGUAGCUGUCACCUCACAAUAAUAUGCAAUUACAACUGUUUGUACUUGUGGAAAAUUAUACUGUGGUGCUAGUUCGUCUUUGAUCAAAUACUGUUAAUUAGCAAUCUACUGUCCUAGAAGCAAAUGUUCUAAGUGGAUCAUUAGGCUGGUUCUGUCAUCAUACUGUCUUUAUCAGAAUGUUUAUAUGUAGAGAAAGCUAGGAAAUGAUUAAGAAUUGCCCAGAUUAUUAGCCCAAUAAGUGAAAGCAUAGUCCCAUUGCUUGGUUUGGCUAGAGCAGGUUUUCUUGCUUGUGGGGACAGGAUAAUGUGGGGAGAAAAGUACUUUACUGUUUUAUUUUUCAGGGUAGCUUGAGGAAGGAAGGAUUUUGAAAACAUUUACUCUCAUAGAAAAUUCAAAGCUUCCCAAAUAUUACUUCCAGUGUGUAGUCUCUCUGCUUCAAAAUAAGUAUUAGGACCUCAUAUAUACUAAAUUUGAAAUGGCCCACUAUAUAAGUUACACUGUAUGACUGCAAUUCUUAUUUCAAUUUAGAGUAGUGAACAUGAGCUCAGUAGGUCUGCUGUGGAGAAAGUGUACCCAAAACACAGGUACUGGUUAUGGUCUCUUUAAGUGAGUGUAAACGUGCAUUCUUUUAUAUGUGUUGUUUAGACAUGAAUUGUUAGCGGUAAAAUGAGGACAUGUUGGUCAAAGAGCAUGAAAAUGAUUACAAAAUAUGGUUUUGGUUAUUUUCUAAAAGAAAAAGACUGGUUUGGAGUUUUUCACCAAAUUUCUCAAUAUCUUUGCUUGCUAAUCUUUUGGUUUGUUUUUUUAAAAAAUCUCUGAGGGCCAAUGAUUUUACUUAAUACUGUGUUUCCCCAAAAAUAAGAUACUUUCUUAUAUUUAUUUUUCCUCAAGAAGAUACACUAUGGCUUAUUUUCAGAGGAUGCAUUAUUCUUAUUAAGUACGGUACAACAAUCUACAUUUAUUCAAAUAUAGUUAAGCCAUCUUCUUCUGAAACUGUUGCUGGUUGGUACUGGGGGAAAGAGACCGGCCUCGCUGGGCCCUGGCUGGAGGAGGCUACCAAAGCCGGCAGCACUGUUGGUAGUGUUCGCACGCGGUGAGCGCUCCAGUGUCCCCGAGUGGCUUAAGGAAGUUGCUUAAGAAAGCUGGAGGCAAAAGGAGAUGGAGGAGGUGGCCUAGUGUUCACACUCGCCUUAGUUGGACCUAAGGAAGUGGAGGAGGAGUAGGCGGCCUCACUGGGCUCCAUCUGGGCCUAGGAAAUGAUGAGUGAGGCUGGAGAGAGAGAGGGUGGAGGGUGCCCGGGAAGAAGAGAACCGCGUGCCCCAAGAAGGCCUUGCUGCAAACCUAAUACUUCAAAACAUUAAAAAGGAAUUUAGAACAUUUAAAGGAGACAAGUAGGGGCCCUUAAAGAAAAAAUUAGGGGAGGGCACGCCUAUCACUAUGUCUUAUUUUUGGCGUAUGGCUUACAUUGCGCAAAUGCUUAGAAAUCCUGCUCCAGUUCAUUUUAUGGGUAUGUCUUAUUUUCAGGAAAACACAGUAUUACAAGAACAGCCUACCGUUGAAUACAGUAUUUGUAAUAUUUUUGCAGUUGCUUUUCCCACUCUCAGCACUCAUCUGCCCUGCACUGUUUGCUUGUUUGAUGUUCAUUAUCAUCAUAUACCCUUGAGUCCUCAAUAGAUGAUUUGUGAAUUACUGUUUCCUGGUCAGCUGCAUUUUACCAUCACACAUAAAAUCUUUUGCAAACCACUAUAUCACAAAACUGACUUAUAGAUAUAAAAGUCCAUAUUCCUCAACAUUGGCUGUCUUCAUUAGCUUUACUGAACUCUCCCAACCCCUUACCAAAACAAAUUUUGUCUCCUUUAUGUAACAACCCAAUUUUCUAUUGCCCACAUCCCAACAAUUGCCGAUAAUUGUUCCUGGCUAGAGACAUAGCAUGCUCUUAACAGUGCCUGCAAUAUAUUUCCUUAAUUUCCAUAUAUUUGCUGCCCUCGGUCUCCAGAAUAGUAAUACCAAGCUUUUUCUAACAAACUGUGUGAGACUCUAACUGUUUGCAAUUCACAGAGCACAAAACUGCCAUAAAACAAAUCAAACUGUGAUCCCAACACAGCAGCACCCUUUACAUAUCUGUCUGUGGCAAUUAACUGUGCUUUUUACAGAUUGCUCUCCUGCUGUGUAAGGCUAGAAUGCUAUGGCUGCAAAGUCAGUCAAUUUCCCAGGGAGGUAGCGGGAAUAAUUUUCAACAGCAUUUAACAUCCACCACUGUUCCUUUCGCCCAGGAAGCGAGGUUGAAUCCCUUCUGCCACUAAUGUGGCUGAACAAUGCCAGUGUGUGCUGAGGAAGUGAACUAGAAGUAAUGGGUCUGUCUGAAGACCCUUGGAUAUGUAGGUUCUGUUCCUCACUCUUCCAGAUUGUAUUGUUUGGCAAGCUAAGUGUCCUGUUUGGUUUUCAUGCUAAUAAGAAAGAAACACAAACAGAAAUAAGGAGACCGUUUGACAACCCACCUCCCAAGCAGCUCAUCACAGCAAAAUUAAGUAAGGCCCAACUAUCCCCACUUGGAAGAUCAAAACAGACACGCAUAUAAACUACAACGGUGGCUUCUCAUUUGAGGGCCCAUCUCUUUUGUGUUUUGUUCAACAUGGGAGCUUGGUUCCCAAUGCUGGGGACCUAUCCACCCCUAUCUAUCAUGCUGUUGUUCUGCUGUGCUUGAAAAAUAGUGUUUCCACAAAGAGUUGAAAUAAUUCUAGAUUGUAACUAUAUGCAGAGGUUUUUGGGGAAAGCAGAGACUCCAAGGUGAGAAAAAUAAAACUGAAUGGCCGCAUCAGUUGAAUUGCUUAUGGAAAUAUGAUAUUGAACUCAAAAAAGCAAAACAUUAGAACCCCUUUAUGUUCUUGUACUUAUUCUAAAGAAUCUGGAGUAUUACAAGAUGGUCCAUAGUAAGGCACAUUUUCAUUUCUCAUCAAAACAUUUUUAUGAAAGCUGUUUAGAAUAAGCUUCCUUGUAUGUUUUCAAAAAUUGAUUGGCAGACAAAUGAAAUGUUAUGUAUAAGUUUAGGUAAUUAAAUAGGAAAAACAAUCUGUUAAAAGUGCCAAGGGUCUGUAAGUGCCUUUCUAUUAAUCAAUGUGUAUCCCUGUAAGAAAAUCUUUUUUCUUCAUACCUUGUUGCUUUUUUACUAAGUCAACCACUGUAUGUGAUACUAUACCUACGCUGAACUAUACCUACACAAUUUUACAGGGGUGAGGAAUGAAAUGUGUACAUAUGCAGUUGUAUGACAUUUAUAUAUGUUUCUCUUCUCAAGUAGAUGGGCAUUAGAAAUAAUCAGUUACAUCUCCCUGACAAAUACCAUAUUUUUAAAUAAAUGUGUUAUGUUCUAUUCUCCAGAAUUCCUACAGGAAAAUGUCAUAUAUGAUAUUUCAAAGCACUUAAUAGGAAAACCCAAGUAGAUACAACACUGUUGCUAGUUAGUAAAGCCUAGCCAAGAACACAGCUAGAGGAUGCAUUUUACUUGAUAUUGGAAUAGCAGAAACAAAUUAUGUACUAAAUAUCUGCAUUCAGAUGCACUUUCUCUGUAAAAUAUGUUUUUCUCUUUUUAUUGUAAUUGUUAUUUUGUAGGGAAGGUCAACAUCCAUCUUGUAGAUUCUUGUAAGAAUCCAGAGAAUUCCAGUUUUCAUUCUGGAUAGAUGUGUCUGCUUAUUAUUGCUAUAAAUGUUACUGGCAUGGAAAACACUAAAGGAUUGGGAACGAAAAGGUGAUUUAGAAAAUGUAAACUCAUUUUUUCUGGAGUUCUUCAUUUGUAUAUCAGAAUUCAGCAACGUUGAUUUAUGUUUUUCAUACUCAAACAAUAAUUAUUGUAGACUAAGCAUUUUCUCCAAUUGUAACAUAUCUGUCAACUGUAAUUUGGCAUCUGCCAUAUUCAUUAAAAUGAUAUGCAAAUUAUGGAGAGUGAUUAAAUAUGCAUAUUAGCUGCA